CGUUAACAACAAACCCUUGCUUCUCUUCUCAUCUCUCUUCCUCGCUUCGAAACUCGUGAAACCAUGGCGAUUAGCUCCUUCAAGCAUGAACAUCCUCUCGAAAAGAGACAAGCUGAAGCAGCUCGUAUCAGGGAGAAGUAUCCAGAUAGAAUACCUGUCAUAGUCGAGAAAGCUGAGAAGAGUGAUGUCCCUGAUAUCGAUAAGAAAAAGUACUUGGUCCCAGCUGAUCUGACCGUUGGCCAGUUUGUUUAUGUUGUACGGAAGCGGAUCAAGCUCAGUCCCGAGAAAGCUAUAUUCAUUUUUGUGAAGAACAUUCUACCACCAACAGCGGCCAUAAUGUCUGCGAUUUAUGAAGAGCACAAAGAUGAAGACGGGUUUCUAUACAUGAGUUACAGUGGCGAGAACACAUUUGGGAUCUUCUAAUCCGCUUGGAAUGUGUGGACGCAUCAGAUUAUCAAUGUACAGUCUUGUCUAUUUCUUUGCCUGUCUCUAGUUUUCAUAACAUUGGACGAAGCUUUUGAAACUUGCAUAAACUUGCAUGCUAUGUUAUGAAGAUGAUAAGCUCUUCCAUUUAUGGUGUUACACGUUCUUACCUUAUUGCUACACUUAAUUUCA